CGCAGGCGCGGCGGGCGGGCUUUCCCCAGGCUACAGCCGGCGCCGUCGCCCGCUCGUCGGCCGCCCGGCGCCAUGGCGGGCUGCGCGGCGCGGGCUCCGCCGGGCUCCGAGGCGCGUCUCAGCCUCGCCACCUUCCUGCUGGGCGCCUCCGUGCUCGCGCUACCGCUGCUCACGCGCGCCGGCCUGCAGGGCCGCACCGGGCUGGCCCUCUACGUGGCCGGGCUCAACGCGCUGCUGCUGCUGCUCUACCGGCCGCCGCGCUACCAGAUAGCCAUCCGAGCUUGUUUCCUUGGCUUUGUGUUCGGCUGCGGCAUGUUGCUAAGUUUUAGCCAGUCUUCUUGGAAUCACUUUGGCUGGUAUAUGUGCUCCUUGUCACUAUUCCAUUAUUCUGAAUAUUUAGUCACAGCAGUCAAUAAUCCCAAAAGUCUGUCCUUGGAUUCCUUUCUCCUGAAUCACAGUCUGGAGUAUACAGUAGCUGCUCUUUCUUCUUGGAUAGAGUUCACACUAGAAAAUAUCUUUUGGCCAGAACUGAAGCAGAUCACCUGGCUCAGUGCCAUGGGGCUGCUGAUGGUGGUCUUUGGAGAAUGUCUGAGGAAAGCGGCGAUGUUCACAGCUGGCUCCAAUUUCAACCACGUGGUGCAGAAUGAAAAAUCAGAAACCCACACUCUGGUCACAAGUGGAGUGUAUGCUUGGUUCCGGCAUCCUUCCUAUGUUGGGUGGUUUUACUGGAGUAUUGGAACCCAGGUGAUGCUGUGUAAUCCCGUCUGUGGUGUUGGCUACGCUCUCACAGUGUGGCGAUUCUUCCGAGAUCGGACAGAAGAAGAGGAGAUCUCAUUAAUUCACUUUUUUGGAGAGGAGUACCUGGAGUAUAAGAAGCGGGUGCCCACAGGCCUGCCUUUUAUAAAGGGGGUCAAGGUGGAGCUAUAACACAGCAGGAGCGGGCCAGGUUGGGCCCCGGGGGGCCUCCCACUCGGCAUGGCCCGGGCCACAGCUGCCUCCCGUCAGCCACUCUGCGGAAUGGAUUUUCUGAACCAUUUUGUGUGUCACCAAUUACUCUUCUGGAGUAUCACUCAAGACCAAAUGGUCAGAAGGCCUUAGGACCAAAGGACCCCACACCCUAGAGCAAUCUGUUCUUGGGCUGAAUCAAGGUAGGACACAGAUCAAACAUGGACAAGGAGCAAAUAACAGCAAUAUUCUACAGCGACCCCCCCAGAAGGGCCCUGGUGAGGGCCCCGGCUGCGCACCAUCCCCCACGAGGCAUUUGGUGUAACUGAGACCCCUCAGGAGAAGUGGACGCGCUCAUUCCUGCGUAAGGCUUCUUUGGCAGGAAGGGGUACGUGGACAGCAGUGCUUAGUGUUAGAAGUACGUUCAGAAUCUAACUGGAAAACAGCACAGCUUCAACCUCCUUACUCCUGUGCUAAGUGCAUGAGCGUCUAUACGGUUGUAGAGAUAAUUCUUCACGAGGCACUUUGGCUCUUAAUAUAUUUAAUCGUAUUUACAUAUCUAUUUUUUAUAAAUAGCAGUAUAAAUUCUAAGGGGACUUGGUGUUUAUAGCCCCAACUUUUAUUUGGCAGACAGGCAGCAUGGACACCUCCAGACGAUUUGGCUGAGUGGCUUGUUAACAAGGCACUCCCUCCCCAAGCCAGGGAGACUGUGGGCCUCUGUGGCAUUCCCUGGGGUCCUGGCUCCUGCUCUUCUCCCGAGAGGGGGCUGUUACCAGUGACAGGCGUGUCGAAGAUGUAUCAUUUUUCCUUUAUCCAAGAAAUGCUUACUGAACCCCUGCUCUGUGUGAGGCAUUGUUAACCAUCGGGAAGUACUACUCUCCAUUUAUUUGGGAUUUUAGUCUUAAUGCAUCAUAGCUUAUAUUUUUGUGUUUCAAUUGAAAUUUAUUAACUAUUCAUUUCUAUGUUCUGUUCUCAAAAUUCCACCGACUCUAAUGCCAUUUCGGACUGUCUUUUCCAAAGGGGUUCAAGCAUAUAUAACUACGAUUCAAGCAAGUCAGCUUACGAAAGUCUUAAAUAGAGCAAAUGAUCCCAACUGAGAUUUAGUCAGUAUUUUUGUUUUUCAAGUUUGGGGAGAGUGGUUGGCUUUAAAUACAUCAGCUUUAAGACCCUUGUUUAAUUCUGGAUAAGAGAGGGCCUUGGUCUCAGCGUGAAAAGCGUGAAAUCCUUCCUGCAGUUGGCGGUGGCACUACCGAAGCCCUCUCGCGAAGGCGGUGGCCGCCCCUGGCUGCAGAGCUGCCCAGCUGCCACGCCGCGCCUGGCGGCUUCGAGGAGCCACUUAACCUUUCUGUGCCUAGAUUCCCCAUCUGUCGAAUGGGGUCAAUACCACCUACCUCAUAGGGGUGUUGUGAAAAUUUAGAAGAACAACGUCAGACGUUUCAAAUACUUAGAUAAGAGAGAUGGCAUAAAUGGAAUCUGCGCCGUGAGAGAUUGCACAGAUGCGGACCCUGGUCAGCUGUACCAGACUCUGGAAUUGUGUGUUCAGAAGAGCAUGUUACCAACUCAGAAAUAGUACUGACUUCUAGAUUUCAUGGCCUAAUUAAUUUUUUCGUUAUUAUAUAUACCAAAGAGGUUUACGGGUUUGUUGAUUCCUGGGAUGACACUCUUCUGGUGUGAGUGGACCCUACCAUCGGCCCUCGAGAGGGCCUUGCAGCCAGGCUGGCCAAGGCCGCUGCUGGAGCUCUCAGCAGCUGGUCCCUCUGGCACGAACACUCCCCAGUGGGACGUCGACAUGCACUUACUCUGGGAACUUGAGUUGAAUCAGUUCUGACUUGUUCUCCAGACCACGCUUAGCAAAGUAAACUCCACUCAUCGGGAUUGCAGACUGGAGGAAGGCGUGGCUGGGGUUUCGGCAGCCAUCCCCAGCUCCUUGAGGGAAAGUUCUGUGCUGCAUCUAGCAGGAUUGGACCCAGCUUUCAUUCCCGCGGUGGGGGGUGGGGGUGGGGGGGCUGUGAAGUUGUCUUUAAUAGAUGGAGGACAGCUAACGAUGGCCCUUGGCUCUGGACAGAAAGUCUGAAGGCGCUGGCAUUUGGUGAUCUCAGCUUCGUCCGCCUGCUGGAGUUCACGAAGCCCACCUUCCUGCCAGGCUCUUGAGCUCAGGAGGUAGGCCUGGUGUUUUGCAGUGAGAUGCUACCGUUACACCACCUGGGCUUUAAAAAGCAAAAUCCCAUGGGCGGGAGUAGGGACACACCCCGAGCCUGACUUGUACACCCAGAGCAGAAGUCAGCAGUUACUUAGGGAGAAAAGAUGAACUACUUAGGGGAAGAUUUGGCAAGUGAUUGACUUUCAUCUAGUACUGACAUUUUCAGAUUAUUUUUAACUGUAUAAAUUUAGCAGUGACAGUGUACACGACAGAGAAUCAGGUUAAUGAAGUACAGGCUUUUUGGGUAUUCCCAAAAGCUUUUUGGGUAAAGGCCACAUCACCAGUUCCCUUAAAUUAAGAAACUGUCAAAAGAGAUGACUUACUUUUUCCAUUGCAGGUUUUAAAGUGGAGAUUCUUAAAUGGAGAAAAGGCAAUGCACAGAACAAAGCUACUUUGAAGCAGCGUAAAAUGAAACAUUCUAUGAGGAUUUGCAGGCUGUGGCUGAGAAUAGCAGUUUACAGAAAAGAGGUAGUGAGUAGCAGAAGCCUGGCUGAAAGCGAAAGACAGCAUACCCCACUGUCCCUUCAUCAUUUGUAGGAACUGCUUCUUGAGCCUAAAGACUAAACUUUAUUAAUCCCUUCCAUUUAUUUAACACACUGAGUGAUUGACAUGAUAGGGGAAUAUUCCUAAACCAAUACAUGUGUUAAUAGCUUAGGCUCAGGAGGGUCGUCCGUAGCUCAAGCUCGUUCUGGUAGCAGUCACUCUGUCAUAGGUACAGUAAACCACUGUCCCUUCUCUGCACUUUCUUACUGCCUUAGAUAGUUGUGAUCUCCCACCACAUCUUGCUUCUGUAGUGACUUGAUGAGGUUGGUGGGAGAGGCUUGCUCUCUGUGCCCUGCUGUGAGACUUGAUGCCUUGCCCUGGGCUUGGAGGGCCAGCCGUCACGGGUGGUCCCAAGCGCUUGCUCUAGAGGAAGCCAUCCCGUAGCUAGGAGAGUAAUUUAAUGGAGUAAUUAUUCUACUCGUCUUUUUACAUGCAGAAAUGUUUAUUUAAAUAUUUUAAAUUGGAUUUUCUUUCACAGAUACUGAAUAUUCUUUCCAAUUCUUAAAUAAAACUGUACUUGAUUUCACCAUGAA